GCGCCGACGAAAACAUACCUAAGGUAAACAUCGGCUUCCUUCUAUCAACCAAUCUCAAGGUUGUUUGAAAUCUCAUACUCUUUCAAUCAAAACCGACGUUCUUGGAAAUGACCUUCCUAAGAAUAAAAUUUCAAUCAAAUCUUCACCACCACCAGACUUUGUUCUCCAGGCUCCAGAAAAGCCAUCGACGUCAUCGGCCUAGCUAAUUGGUAGAAUACAAAUGUCACCCUUUUAUAUAAGACCCAAGAAUCAUGGAUAAUUCGAAAGCUAGGCGUGUAUUAGAGUGGGAUCUACUCUCAGUUCCAAUUUUCAAGUUCCAAGUUCCAGCUCCACGUUCUAUAAGUUGCGAGAACUCCCACCACCCGAUGAAUCUCAUACCUGAGAAUUAGGCAGUUGCUGUGCGCUGAUUGCAUAAUGUCAACCGAUGAUGAGCGAAAGAGAGAAGGUCCUCUGGGCGAAAACAUACCUGGUACCAAGCUCACGGAUGUCCUUCCCAUUCCUCCAACGAUGCAGCCUGUCAGUGAACCCGAGAAGCACGAAAAGGCAAACGAUAUAGGCGAAGAACCUACUUUAUCGCAUGCCUUGGCGACGACCGAUUACGAAGAGAAAGGUUUAGCCCAACAAAAGCAUGAAGAGGAGGUAGUUGAUUUAGGUUGGAAUGAGAAGAAGCACGAGAUCCCAGCGCCUUUAGUCGGAGGGUUGGACAACGAAGAUUUAUGGCUCCUCAUUCGUAGGUUUGACAAGCAAAUAUACCAUGUCAAGGAAAUUCCUACUGUGGUACCUGGAGAUCUGGAUCUAAAUAUCGCCGACGACGAGGAAUUCUCUCCCGAUAAACUACGCUCCAAUACCGAGCGUUUUUAUAUGACAGUUGUGGUAGGAUUACUGGCGGCUGUCAAACAUGUUGCACGCUUACGAUCGUGGCGCGAGACUCAACGGACAUCAUGCUUUUGCGCGGCUUAUUUCAUCGCAUGGGCGCUCGAUUUACUUGUUCCGCUUCUAACAUUGAUUUUGGUCUCCUUGAUUGUCUACCCGCGGUCGAGAGGUGUUCUAUUUCCACCAGCGCCCCUUGCUUUGGUAGACACCAAAACCGGUGGCGUGCAGAAACCUAAGGCGGGCGUUCUUGGUAGUACAGAAAGCCCGACUGGAGCACCACAGAACUUGAAGGGCGAAGCUGUUGAACAGGAAGCGAGCAACUUCUUCAACAGCUUUACUUCCGUCGUAGUUACGAGCGCUACGGGGAAACAUCCACAAGCAUCACCCUCGGCAGAGGAAGGCUCUCCUGAUAAUGCCGUACCCGAUCCUACGGGAAUAACGGUGGCGGCUGCUGAGGCUAAAGAUGUCGCAGCCGGAAGUAAAGGUAGUCCGGAACAUGAUAAGACUAAGGUUCCCGUCGAGACGGCAAUGUGGACAAAGAUGAGGCCGAUUAUGCACGGCAUCGCAGAUGUAUCGGACACUUGGGAGCGAUUUGCAAAUGCUCUUUCUCCUACAUCGCCGUUCCCAAGAGAUGUAUACAGACUCAGGCUUGCUGCCUUGAUAGUUCCUCUCUUCCUCAUAUCACUCUUCGUCACGUCGUACAUGUUCAUGAAAGGAAUGACAUUUGGAGCAGGCUUCGGCUUUUUCGGGGAUCCGGUUAUUGCUCGCGGAUUGAAGUGGCUUAACCUCGCAUUCCCCCGCUGGCAGAAGCUCCUAGAGCUUCGCAAUACCGUUCUCAAAGGCGUGCCAACUAAUGCGCAACUGGCACUUACACUACUUCGGAUAGGCGAGGCGAAUAAGGCACCCCUACCGCCUCCUCCACGUAUCAGCGAGCCGCCUCCCGAGCGACCUACGGAGGUAACCGACGCAGAAUUACGGGCGACGGGGGCCGAACCGCCACUAAAUGCGACCGAAGAGGAACUUCGAAAUGCUAUGGAGCACGAUCCGCAGAUGGCGUACGAAACCGGUGGUUCGGAUAUAGACGCCGCGAAGGAUUCAUCUAAGAAUAGCAAGCGUGGAAGUAGGAUCAUUGGAUUCUUCAAGGGAACAACAAAAGGCGCAGUGAAGGCGGUCAUAGGAACCGAUCACGCUCGGGCUAAGACGGGAUCUCACCACGCUAGGAACCGUCUGGGCGCUGUUCCACGGCCGAACGCCAGCCGCGUUUCCGGACCCAUCGACUUCAAGGGUCGCUGCAACGGCAAGAAAGGACAUGUAUAUAUCACGACGAAAUCUACGAUCCCCGCCGUAUCAUUCAGCACAGACGAAACAAUCGAGAAGAUCGGCUCGGCGGAUCGAGAAGAUUUGCAUCCUUUAUGGACUGUGGCAAUCAACGAUAUCGCUGAGAUUAAGAAAGUUGGUGGAUAUGGAUGGAAGGCUAAAAUGGUUGUCGGCUGGUCUUUGGGUAGGGAGGUGGCCGACGGGCUUGAGAUCACGGAUCGGAUGGGGAACGUGCGUCGCGUUAUGGCGCUACCGAUGAGGGACGAAUUGUUUAACCGUCUCGUGGCGAUCGGAAUACAUAAAUGGGAGGCCUGGUGAGAGGCCCAGGGCCAUCAACGUCCUGGUAUUUCCACGUGUCUAACAGAGAAGGUCUUGUAGUCUACUUUACAAUCGAGAUACCAGCCAGUGACUAGAACUCUGCUGAUACGGAGGAUGUUAUAGUCCAUAGCGCUGCUUAGAUUUCGAAUUGGUCGUUCAACCGCUCUAUUCCGUAUUAGAGU